GGAGACAUAAAAAUUACAUACAUGUUCUUUGCUUAGGAUGUACUCAAUCGCGAGGAGAUUAGUCGUGUAAUAAUUAUUUUCAUGUAUAUACAAUGAUUUAUUUAUAAAAUUUUUAAUAUUUUUUCUAAAAAUGGAAAUUUUAUGGAAUAAAAUUAAUUUACCUCGUCCACCUUAUCGGUCAUGGGAAAUUUCUGUAGCAGAAUUCAUUGGAAUACCUUGGUUACCAGAUGAUUAUGUAUUACCUGAAAAUUUAUCAAAUUGGCUAAAUUUAACAUGGCUUAAUGAUGAUAUAGAAAUGUUGUCAAUAAAAAAAAAACAGAAAAAAUCAAUUUUUGAUUUAAUUGAAGUGAAUAAUUCAGUGGAGUCAAGUUCAGCUAUUAUUGAUAAUUUUGUUAUUAAAAAUUCAAGUAAAGAAGAAAGUAAAUCUAAUGUGUGUCAAAGUGCAAUAAUAUCUCAUGAGAAUGAUUUAGGAAAACCAAUAAGUCGAAUUAGUUUUGGCAAAUCUAGCUGCACUUCUACUAGUAAUAAUUGUAUUAAAAAAGGAAAGACAAAUAUUAUUAAUGCAUCAAAAUUACUUAAUAUAAAGACAGAAAAAGAUUUAGUGCGCUUAUUAAAAAAAGAAUCUUUUCCUGGCUUUGAUAAAUUACAAUGGAAUAUGUUUCAAAAUCAUUUGAAGAAAUUUUUAAAUAGAUCUAUCAAAGAUAAUAUAAAAGAUACAGAUGUACCAUUGUCUAAAAGAGUUAUUAAACAAAUUCUUAAAUGGAUAAAUAAGUCGUAA